AUGGUUCACUUGAGGGAAAAUGGCAGUGCUCCUGACCUAGACGGCCCUCUUGGCCAUCGACUUUCUCGAUUUGAUCUCGAGCUGCUUAAUCCGGGAUCCUAUCGUGGGGAGCCACAUAAUAAUUUAUUAAAUUAUUGUAACUAUCUACGCGGGAGCGGUCUUAUUGCCAGUGUGGAAUUGCAAGCACCAGCACCGCCGUCAAAACAGCAGAUGUCGACAUUGACUGGUGCCUCGAAAAAAAGAAGUAAGGCUUCUAAGAGCGCCGGUACGAAGCAGGCCAAGUAUGUGGCGGCUGGAUCGGCGAUUCCAUUAGGAUCACUAAGUGGCAAGAGGGUAGUGGAAAGUGACGUCGUUCAUAUCAGUUCAAGCAAAGUUAGCCUAACUGACAACAAGGGAUUAGCAAGUUGCGCUAGAGCGCAACGAUUACCUGCUUUUGUGCGGAACAUGGCCCCUGUUGUCGAGAUCCUUCUUGAGCAACUCAACUACAGCUCUAAGGCUGACACGGUAGGAAAUAAUCAUGAGCCAAACGGCGAUACGUUCCUUCCUUCCGCUUGGAGGGCCAUUGGCGAAAAUAGAGAAGGCAUGCAUGCGGCCGGGGUCGGCAAUUUACCUUGGCAAGUAACGGGAAUCUCGUUCUCGCUGACACGUCCGUCCAUUCUUCUAGCAUUAUUGCGAGAACCGCCAUGUCAACACCGAAGUAGCGUUUCCUCCGACAUCGAAAAUAAUGAUGAUGAUGAUGAUGAUGUGACUAACCUUGCGGGUACCAAGCUUGCCAUAUGGGAUACUCUGCAUCCGGACUUGCGGGAAGCUCUAGCGGCGCACUCGCACUCUGGGACUUACGCGAGCACGGUAAAUUUGGCGGUGGCUUAUUCCAUGGCAAACUCACGCGGUAAUGCGUCCUUUCAAUUUGCUAGCAUGGAUGACCGUGGGUUCAUUGCAAUCUGGCUUGUCGUGGAGUCACAGACAGGAGACACUGCCUCGCUCGGACAUGCAAUUGCAGCAAUUGCAGCAGUUAACCACGGCACCGUCUCACAAGCCGAUGAAUCUCUCCUUGGCGUCCGUGCUGGCAGCGCUCUUCGCCUGACUUGCACUCGAUCUCUUUCGAUUUGGUCAUCGAUGCCUUUGCUUUUAGCGCCUUUAGUGCGACCAGUUGGCCUAAACGACGGUAACCUCGUCAAAUGCUCAAGACUGGGCCUUGCUGCAGAGCCUUGCAUAUUUUUUGCUUCGGCAGAUGUCAUGCGUUUGUCAAUUUCUGGUGAGUCAAAGAGGACGGUAGACGAAGGAGUGUUGCCAUCGCAAGCGGGUCUGCGCACAACCUGCCUUCACUUCUCGCCCUUUGUUAGCAAGGUCUUCCUGGCCGGCCAACUCGACGGUGGCUGCAGACUUCAUCACCUCGAUCGUCCCACGCCGCUUUACUCUUGGCCUAUAAUCGUAAACAAGGCGCGGUCGGCAUCGUGGGCCAUCACAGAUAUGACCAUGGUUUCGGACAUCAAGUGGUCUCCUCAGAGGCCCAACGUUUUUUUCGUUCUGUAUGCCAAUGGCGACCUCCACACCUUUGAUCUCGACAGGGAUGUCACUGCCCCAGUCCAGUCACUCGUGCUCGCCCAAGAAUUCGAGUUUGGUCUCGGGGACUGGCAUCCAAAACUUGCCAUUUCUUCCGGCCGCACGCUUGCCACCAAGGUCUUGGCCGUCUCUGUGGGCAAUUCUGUAUUUACUCGGCCUCUUUCCGAAUCGAUUGCAAGGGCGCAGGAUGGUGAACUUGCAGCGUUCCAUAGCAGGCUGGAACAUUGGCGUGUGAUGUGA